AAAGGGACUGAGAGUAUCUCCUGACUAUACAGACUGAAAAGGCCAAACUAAGUACAAUAUUCACUUCUACAUGAAGAAGCAGAAUCCCUUUUGGUUUCAGUUCUUAUUUCCCUCUUCUUUGUCGUCCCUUCAGUAACAAGCUUCAGAGUGCAGAAAAACUUCAUUUUUCCUUUUCUUCUCAAUUUUCCAUCUCACAUGGCUGGCGGGCAGAGACCCCAGGGGUUUAACAAAUCGUGUAUACUGCUCAUAGUUAUUGCUGGUAUAGAGAGAUUUGCAUUCAAGGGGGUGGCGUCAAACUUAGUGACAUAUCUAACAGAUGUAGUGAAGAUGAGCAACUCGUCUGCCGCGAAGAUGGUGAAUAGUUGGUGUGGAUUCACCUCCAUAAUGCCACUGUUUGUAGCUCCCAUUUCUGACGCUUAUUUCCACAAAUACUCCACCAUCAUGCUCUCUUCUUUCCUCUAUGUUACUGGACUUGCAGCAUUGACAAUAACAGCAGUGGGAAGGACGAGGCCGAAUCGACACAGGACAAUAAUAAUGCCAUCCUCGUUUCUAACUUUGUCUCUUUACGUAAUUUCAUUGGGACAAGGUGGUUAUAAUCCCUCUCUGCAAGCAUUCGGAGCAGACCAGCUGGAUGACGAGGAGGAAUUACCAUGUAGCAAGGACGAUCAAAACUCCAAUACGAAGACACUGUUCUUCCAGUGGUGGUACUUCGGUAUAUGUGGCGGAAGCCUAUUGGGCGUCACCAUCAUGUCCUACGUCCAAGACACCUUUGGCUGGGUCCUAGGUUUCGCCAUCCCUACCAUCUCAAUGGGUCUCUCUAUUCUCAUUUUCUCGUUUGGAAGCCCUAUCUAUUUGUUCAAACAACACCACCAUUCUAAAACUUCUAACAAAUCCUUUAUCAACCUGCUCCACGCAAUCAAAGCUUCUAUUCUCAGACGCUUCCAUGGCGGAACAACCCCACCUAUCGACAAGUCUGAAGUAUCCGAGCUCGAACUGCAAGAGAAGUCGUUGUGUCAUGAAAACAUGGACAACAUUCCCAAGAGGAGGAUGUUCAUGGUUUCGAAUGCCAAGGUCGUGCUUCGGCUUUUGCCGAUAUGGACAAUGCUUCUGAUGUUCGCGGUCAUCUUCCAACAGCCUGCCACGUUCUUCACAAAGCAAGGAAUGACGAUGAAGAGGAACAUAGGUGGCAAGUUCAAGAUCCCACCCGCCACACUUCAGAGUGCCAUCACGCUCUCCAUAAUUCUAUUAAUGCCAUUAUACAACAGAGUCUUCAUACCACUGGCUCAGAUCAUCACGCGUCAGGAGAAGGGCAUAAGCGUGAUGCAAAGGAUGGGAAUAGGAAUGGUGCUUUCAAUCAUAGCCAUGGUUAUUGCAGCUCUGGUUGAAAGGAAGAGACUUGAAAUGGGGAGAGAGAUGAAGACCGAAACGGUACCAUUGAGCAUAUUCUGGCUGCUUCCGCAGUACAUACUUCUGGGGAUUUCGGACAUUUUCACUGUGGUGGGAAUGCAGGAGUUCUUCUACAGUGAAGUUCCAGUGGCCAUGAGAACGAUGGGGAUUGCACUGUACACCAGUGUUUUUGGGGUUGGAAGCUUCGUCAGUGCACUGUUGAUCACGCUUGUGGAAGUGUUUACGAGUUCAAGAGGGAAAACAAGUUGGUUCUCUGAUGAUAUGAAUGAAGCACGCUUGGACAAUUAUUAUUGGCUUCUUACGUUGUUAAGUGGAGUAAGCUUGGUAGUAUAUGUGGUGUUGUGUAUAUUUUACCAACACCAUAAGAGUGACUCGCAGAAUGAAAAUUGAGUUUUCUCUCCUCUGGCAUUUUGUUUUUGGCUCUUCUUUAAUUUGUCAACCUGCGUACUUGACUUGAUUUCUAAUGAUAGUGAUGUACAUGUGUGUGUGUGUGUUUAUGCUUUCUGUCUAUUUGUGUCCCUAACUCCUAAUUUUCUAUUUUCUUUGCUACCAUGGAAUGUGGAAUAUUCAACAAUGUUAUAAUCCAAGCAGAAAAAUCAAGAAAGUAGGAAGAAAGACU